AUGUAUUAUGGGUCGAAUUAUAAUUGGUCAGUUUUGUUAAUUCUCCUAACUCAAUUUAUCGGUGUAUUAUUGGGUACAAUUGCCCCUCUUUCUAGAUGUUUUGCAUCUUUAAGUUUUGAGGUGUCUAUAAAAUGGAUAUGGAACCAUAUCAAGGUCUUCAAAGUAGAGAGAUAUUGUACUGAGAAGUUACGUGAUUGGAAACAUAGAACUAUACCAUUCAAAGUCAGUAAUCGCAGAUGCAAGUUUAUUAUGCAGAAUCUGAAGGUCCUAACACUCGACCUUUGUAUAGGAUUUCAAAAGACAGUUGUGGUAGCAUGCAAGAUGGCAACGAUCAUUCCAGUUUUUGUUGUAAUGUGCAUCUUGUAUUGCUUCAAUUGCUGGAAUUUUUUGAAAGCCAUGCUUAGUUCAUCGGUAUCAAUAGAAAAUCCUAAACAACUUGAACAAAACAAAGACCAAAGCCAGUAUGUUUUGCAACUUCAAGAUGAUGUGAAGCUUGCUGAUAGAACAUUGAAAGCAAUGUCGAAAUCUUUGAACCACUUGAUCCAAAAGGCCGAAAAGCAACAUCUUACGGAUCUAAUGAAGCUUCUAGAGGGAUCUAGUGGUUUUGAAGGAGUUCGAAUGUAUGAAAUGCAUCAAGUUCCACCUUCACAUGCAAAUGAAUAUACAGAUUGCUGGAGCUUAACGGUGAUAACUCUGACUACCCUUGCCAUUUCUCUUCCUAACAUCCAAAAAGACAUAGUUGAUAAGUUUCUAAGUAGUGUGAGUGAAGGUCUUGCAUAUGUCACACUUGUUGAAGAAAGACUCAACUCUACCGAUGAUUAUGUAAAUCUUCAAAAGGCGUCUAAAAGAUUGUGGCUAGAAGUUGAAGUGUACUACAAAUGGUUAGGAAACAACCUACAAAAAACUCCUAGUCAAGUAAAAUCAGUCAAAUGUACAGAUCCUUCACUGGUUCACAGAUACAGCUAA